CACUUAACACAAAUUUUACUCAGCUGUGUUCUUUCUAGACUCGAGACAAAUACUCCAAAUUCAUCAGUUGGCGUUCCCAUUUUCUAUUUGGCUUCCACAGAGAGUAACCAAACACAAAAAACAGAAUUAACUAUCUCUGCAAUGCGUCCGCAGUUCAAUCCCGGAACGGCCAGACCUUUCUGGCAAAUGGGGUUCUCUAAGCGCCCCCGAAAAGUCUGCACGCGAAAUUAUUAUCCUAUGAGCACCAAGCCACCAAGUGAAGAAGUGGAGAAGAGCAUUUACACUGUUCUUACCCUGGACCGCUGGGGCUCACUCAAUCAUAUGAGGUAUAAAAUGGCUUCACUGAGGCCAGUUCAUGGGAAAUUGGCUUUGAAAUUCUUGAAUUGGUUUAUUAAACAACCUGGUUUGGAGUUCACUCAUAUUAUUCAUAUGUAUGGUAUCACGACCCACAUACUCGUUAGAGCUAGAAUGCAUGACUACGUUAAGUCAAUUUUGGGGCAUUUAUCUGACAUGGGUGUUGGGCCAAGUUCUGUCUUUGGUGCUCUUAUGGAUACAUAUCGUCUUUGCAGUUCAAACCCUUCUGUUUUUGAUCUCUUAAUUAGGGUUUAUGUGAGAAAAGGUACAAUUAAAGAUGCUCUUCAGAUAUUCAAUUUGAUGAGUUCUCGAGCAUUUAAACCGUCCAUUUACACUUGCAAUAUGCUCCUAGCAGCAAUGGGGAAGCAGCAAAAUCCUGAGUCCAUAUGGUCAUUUUUCAAAGAAAUGCUUGCUAAACGUAUUUGCCCAAAUGUUGGUACAUUCAAUAUACUUUUACAAGUUCUUUGUGCCAAAGGGAAGGUCCAGAGAGCAAAUUGUUUGCUUGCAAAGAUGGUAGAGAGUGGUUAUAACCCUGAUGUGGUUACUUAUAAUACUUUGCUUAAUUGGUAUUGCAAGAAGGGAAGGUAUAAAGCAGCUUUAGAACUGAUUGAUUGCAUGAAUUCUAAGGGUCUUGAAGCUGAUGUUUGUACAUACAAUAUGUUUAUAGAUGAUUUAUGCAGGAAGAAUCGGAGUGCUAAGGGAUAUUUAGUAUUGAGGAAGAUGAGGAAGAGAUUGAUUGUUCCAAAUCAUAUUACCUAUAAUACCCUUAUUAACGGGUUUGUGAAAGAGGGGAAGAUUGACGCUGCAAUGAAGAUUUUUCAUGAGAUGUUGAAUCUCAAUCUUUCACCAAAUUGUAUCACUUUCAAUGCUUUGAUUGAUGGGCAGUGUCGAGCAGGCAAUCUUAAAGAGGCUCAAGAAAUGCUGACUGAAAUGGAAAUAAGAGAUCUACGGCCCAAUGAAGUUAGUUAUGGGGCUCUCUUGAAUGGUUUCUGCAAGCAUGGCAUAUUGGAUUCUGCAAGAGAUAUCCUCAAGAAGAUGAAGCUGAGCGGAUUAUCUCUCAAUCAGCAUGCAUAUACAAUGUUAUUAGAAGGGAUAUGCAAAACGGGGUCGCUAGGAGAAGUUGUACCAUUACUUGAGGAUAUGUUUGAGAGUGGUAUAUGUCUUGAUGUUGUUGCAUAUUCGGUACUUUUAAAUGGAUUUUGUAAAGCUGGAAUGCUAAAUACAGCAAUGGAAAUAUUAUGUAGGAUGUACAAGUUUGGAGUUUUCCCAAAUGAUGUAGUAUACUCUACUUUGAUCUACAACUUUUGCAAACAACAGGAUGUCCUAAAAGCAAUGAGAGUCUAUGCAAUGAUGCACAAAACAGGCCAUAGUCCUGACGCUUUCAUUUGCAACUCACUGAUAUCUUCUCUUUGUAUAGGUGGAAGAGUAAGAGAGGCAGAGGAUUUCAUGAGUCACAUGCAUAAGAUUGGUCUUGUUCCCAAUUCUGCUGCGUUUACUUCUGUUAUUGAUUGCUAUGGAAAUGUAGGUGAAGGGUUAAAAGCAUUAUCCUGGUUUGACGAAAUGAUUAACUUGGGUAGACAGCCUAGCUUUUACACCUAUGCAAGCUUACUAAAGGGAAUAUGCAGAGGAGGAAACCUUACAGAGGCGCUUGGAUUAUUUGAUAGGCUCCGUGGAAUUUCCUGUGCGACAGAUGUUGUUGUCUACAACGUAUUGCUGGGUGAGAUCUGUAAGUCAGGCCACUUCCACAUGGCAUUAAUCCUUAUCGAAGAGAUGGUUCAGAUUAAUGUGCUCCCUGAUAGUCAUACCUACACCAGUCUCCUAGCUGGCUUGUGUGGGAAGGAUAAGUUGGUCACUGCAAUUCUUCUGUUGGAAAGAGCAUUGAGUAGAGGUGACCCCUCUUCAAACCGGGUCAUGUAUACAUGUAUUAUUGAUGGUCUUUUCAAGAGUGGUUUGCCUAAGGUUGCCAGUUACUUCUUUGAUGAGAUGACAUGGAAAGGUCUUAGCCCAGAUACUGUGGCACUGAAUGUGGUGAUGGAUGGUUACUCAAAACAUGGACAAAUUGAUAAGGUGAGUAGUAUCUUUUCUGCAAUGAGAGAAAGAAGUGAAAUGCCUUCCUUGGCUACAUAUAAUAUUCUAUUACGAGGCUAUUCGAGACAGAAGAACAUAUCUGAGUGUUCUAAGUUAUAUCAGUCACUUAGAGAAAAAGGUUUCACUCCAGAUAAAUUAACAUGCCAUUAUGUGACUCUUGGACUCUGUGAGUCGAGUCUGCUGGAUAUUGGGGUUAAAUUUAUGAUAAAGAUGAUCUUGAGGGGAAUAAUGGCAGAUAAAUUCACAUUCAACAUGAUUAUCAAUAAAUAUUGUGAAAGGGGUGAGAUGAAGAAGGCCCUUGAUCUUCUUUCUUUAAUGACUACCUUAGGUGUUUCUCCUGAUGGAGACACUUACAAUUCGAUAUUUAAGGGACUGAAAAGAACAUUGGACUUCCAAAAUUCACAUCAUUUCUUGCAUAAAAUGAUUGAAGAGGGUUUUGUCCCAGUUGACAGACAAUACUGCAAUUUAAUCACUAGUAUGUGUAAAGUUGGAGAUGUAAAAGGAGCAUUCAAACUAAAAGAUGAAAUGGAGUUAUUAGGUGUUAGCUCUCGUACUAUAGCUGAGGGUGCAAUUAUAAGGGGGCUUGUGCGUCGUGGGAAGAUGGAGGAAGCAAUGCUGGUACUUGAAUGUAUGCUACGGGUGCAUCUGCUUCCAACUGUUGCCACAUUCACAACUGUUAUGCAUGGACUUUGCAAAAGUUCUAAGUUUUGUGAGGCCUUAAAAUUGAAAACUACAAUGGAGCUUCAUGGUGCAAAGCCAGAUGUUAUUGCUUACAAUGUCCUCAUAACUGGCCUUUGUGCUGGUGGUUAUAUUGAUGAUGCAUAUGAUCUCUAUGAGGAGCUGAAACAGAGGGGUAUGUGUCCCAAUAUUACAACCUUCGCGGUUCUUCUCAAUGCAUUUUGGUCUGGGAAUGAUCUUGCAAAGGGUGAAAGUCUUCUAAAUGAUCUGCAAGAGAGAGGAUUGGCAGGUGAAUAUUCAAAUACCCAAGCAUUCUCUGAAAGAUUGACAAUCAUGAAGGAAAAGCUAAAUGCUUUAAGAAAGAAGAAAAAGAAAAGAAGAUAAGUAUAUUGCUAUAGAAAGAUAACAGUGGAAACAUUUAUCUAGCUUGCUGGAAAUGAUGUCUUCAUGGGGGUCUCAUGGGAUUAAACUGGCUUCAAUGGUUGAGACUUGAGAUCAGGUCUAUCUGAGACGCCUGUAACUGAAACUUUGGACACUUCUUCUAUUUGAAGUGUAUUUCUAUGUUCGGUGUCCUUUAAGAUAUCUGUCCAACAAGGUGGAUAUGAGGAUAUUGCAGCUCAUAAAGUGGUCAACUGUGUAUCUGACACUGAUCUGUCCGAAUAGCUUACGUGCUCUACAUUGAAGUGCAUUUCGUUAUCUAGCAAGACCACUAGAGUUGAAGUGUUGCAAAUCACAUUGAAGCUUGUUUCUUCAAUAUGUAGUGUUCCCUGGAAAAAUAUGAACAAAUCCUGCCUCAACCUAACUUUCUGAAGAAGAGAUAAGUCAGGAAUAGCUUUCAGAAAUCAAGUGCCUUGCUUCUAGGCGAUGGUGAUCAGGUAUUUGACAGUUAAUUGACCUGAUAUGUCUACUUGUGACAAGUUUUUUCUUGUCACUUCUUUCUCAACACCUCCCUCAAAAAUUAAAAGGCCGGAAUCAUAUGAAAUGAUGUGUAUGGAUCAUCAGGAAACCAUCUAUGGACUCAAAUUGCCUUUGGAGACUGCAUUCUCCAGAUUUUUUGAAACCAGUUUAUAACAUAUUUCCUCUUUAAGUUGGUCUUUUCUUCAUAUCCAAACAACGUUUUAAGAACUGUGAAUUUCCUCUGUUCUUAAGGGUUGUCACUCUGCUUUUACCUUGGACUGGGUGAAGUCUCGGAGUAUUAGAUGCUAGAAGUACUGAUCCUAAAGGUGAUCAUUUAUGUUCAUCAAUUCCAGCUUGUACUCCACUUGCUGGAACUCAGUAGCAGAUGACUUCUUCUCCAACAGUUUUCUGAGGCCUCAUCAUAUCCACAGACUCACAAUAAAGCAUCUCCCUGAUAUACGCUGUACCACAACAUCUUUAACAUGUGGACCUAAUAAAGAAGGCAGCCAGAGAUGAUGUUGUGGAUCAUCUACUUGCGGCCAGUAUCUGAAUCAACCAGAGGAGUCUGGCAGAGAGAUGGAAUUUGCAGCGCUCAAAUCAUUAGCUCCUUUUCUUUCUGUAGCAGAAGAUUGGCUUCUUGUUCCCAUGGCAGAGAAAAGAUGCAACUACUAGCUGAAUACGUAUCUAUAUUGCUAGUGAUGAUGGUGGAUGACAAUAUUGAUUAACAAUGGCUAUUGAUCCGUGGUAGUUGCUGGUGGACGAUAGUAGUAAAUGAUAGAAAUAGUGAAUGAUAAUGAUAAUUGGUGAUGUAUAAUCAUCGCUGAUGGUGGUAAUCAUUGGUGGUGAUUUAUGAUUAUAAUAGUGGUUGGUAGUGUUGAUUGUAAAUAGUGGCUAAUGAUGGUAACAACUUAAUGUGCUGAUAGCGAUUGUGGUGGUAGUUGAUAAUAGCGGUCAGCUUUGUUGGUUAGCACAUAGCAGUGAAAGUGGAAGUCUUCAUGGAUUGUCAUCUUUAUAGAAAUCUUUUAAUAGACAUCUUAAUAUUAAAUGAUAAAUUUUGUUA